CCCUGAUCCGUGUGGAGCUAUGCCCAGUGGGGACUGUGCCCCUCACUUCCAAGUCAUUUGGUACCACUCCGUCCGUCCGUCCUUAGUCCUCCCGGGAGCAGGGGGGCAGAGCUGAGCGGCAGCCCGGAGCUUGGCGGGAGGAGGCGACGGGGGAGGGGCAGGUGGGGAGAUCCGGCUGGAGGGGAGGCUCCGACGUCUCCUUCCUUCCUGGUUCCUGCAGCAGCUGCUGCCGCUGCUCAGCUCUGUGAAGAGGUGGCCGGUGACUCGGGGACAGUGACUCAGAGGCGGAUCGGUGCACGGACCAAGAAGCACUGGCGUCCAUGGACCCUGGGGGCUCCCACAGGACAAAGUGACACUCUUCCCUGUCCACCCUGCUCUACCCUCCUCAUCAGGAAGUACCCUCUCCUUCCUCAUGGACUUCCAAGAACGGGACACUCCCUCGCUGGCUGAGAGUACUCAAUCGUCAAAGCCCAGUAGCACCCAGCAGGCCUCCGAGCUGUGGGAGGUGGUGGAGGAGCCUCGGGCCAGACUGGGAGCAGAGGACACCAUGCCCGAGAGACAGGAAGGACACCUGCUCAAGAAGAGGAAGUGGCCUCUUAAGGGCUGGCACAAGAGGUACUUUGUGCUCGAGGAUGGGAUCCUCCACUAUGCCACGACUCGACAAGAUAUCGCCAAGGGGAAGCUCCAUGGCUCCAUCGAUGUCCGGCUGUCAGUCAUGUCCAUCAACAAAAAGGCCCAGCGCAUUGACCUUGACACUGAAGACAACAUCUACCACCUAAAGAUCAAAUCCCAGGACCUGUUCCAGAGCUGGGUGGCCCAGCUCCGAGCCCAUCGCUUGGCCCAGCGUCCGGACAUGCCCGGUGCCACUCACCGAAAGGUUCCUGGUACCCAGAUGCUAACAGCGGGUAGUGCCUCAGCCUUACCUGGGGUUGGCCCUCGAGAGAAAGUGUCCUCCUGGCUGAGGGACAGUGAUGGGCUAGACCGCUGCUCUCAUGCGCUCUCGGAAUGCCAGGGUAAGCUCCAGGAGUUACACAGACUCCUUCAGAGCCUGGAGUCCCUACACCGAAUCCCCUCGGCCCCUGUGAUCCCCACACACCAGGCCUCGGUGACAACUGAGAGACCCAAGAAGGGGAAACGGACCAGUCGCAUGUGGUGCACACAGGGCUUUGCCAAGGAUGACACCAUUGGACGGGUUGGUCGUCUCCAUGGCUCUGUUCCCAACCUGUCUCGGUACCUGGAGUCUCGGGACUCUUCUGGCCACCGUGGGCUGCCACCUCCAGACUAUGCCCACCUGCAGCGCAGUUUCUGGGCCCUGGCCCAGAAGGUGCACAGCUCCCUUAGCAGCGUCCUGGUUGCCCUCACCACAGAACGGGAUCGACUGAGAGACCUGCAUCAGGGCUCAGAGCUGUCGAGGAUGGCGGUCUCUGAGGCCCCAGAUGGUCAGAGACGCCUCCACUCACUAUCCAUCUCCUCAGACACCACAGCGGACUCCUUCAGUUCCCUCAACCCGGAGGAGCAAGAAGCUCUGUACAUGAAAGGCCGAGAGCUGACCCCCCAGCUGUCCCAGAGCAGUGUGUUGUCCCUCGCUGAUUCCCACACAGAGUUCUUCGAUGCCUGUGAGGUUCUCCUUUCCGCUAGCUCUUCUGAGAACGAGGGCUCUGAGGAAGAGGAGUCAUGUGCCAGUGAGAUCACCACCAGCCUGUCUGAGGAGGUGUUGGACCUCAGGGGAGCCGACUGCUAUCAAAAAGGGGGGUGUGUCCCAGGGAUCGCUGUAGGGCCCCCUCGCCGCCGCUGCCUGCCCGCCGCCAGCGGACCCGGAACCGACGUGAGCCUGUGGAACAUCCUCCGCAACAACAUCGGCAAAGACCUGUCCAAGGUGUCCAUGCCCGUGCAGCUCAAUGAGCCGCUCAACACACUGCAGAGGCUCUGUGAGGAACUGGAAUACAGCAGCCUCCUGGACCAGGCCAGCCGCGUGGCUGACCCCUGCGAGCGCAUGGUGUACAUUGCAGCCUUUGCCGUGUCUGCCUACUCCUCCACGUACCACCGGGCGGGAUGCAAGCCGUUCAACCCGGUCCUGGGGGAGACCUACGAGUGUGAGCGGCCCGACCGGGGCUUCCGUUUUAUCAGCGAGCAGGUCUCCCAUCAUCCCCCGAUCUCCGCAUGUCACGCAGAAUCUGAGAACUUCAUCUUCUGGCAAGACAUGAAGUGGAAGAACAAAUUCUGGGGCAAAUCCCUGGAGAUCGUGCCUGUGGGGACAGUCAACGUCAGCCUGCCCAGGUUUGGGGACCACUUUGAGUGGAACAAGGUGACGUCCUGUAUUCACAACAUCCUGAGUGGCCAGCGCUGGAUUGAGCACUACGGAGAGGUGCUUAUCCGAAACACACAGGAUAGUUCCUGCCACUGCAAGAUCACCUUCUGCAAGGCCAAGUACUGGAGUUCCAACAUCCACGAGGUACAAGGUGCGGUGCUCAGCCGGAGUGGUCGCGUCCUCCACCGCCUCUUCGGGAAGUGGCAUGAGGGGCUGUACCGUGGCCCCCCACCGGGUGGGCAGUGCAUUUGGAAACCCAAUUCGAUGCCCCCAGACCAUGAGCGAAACUUCGGCUUCACUCAGUUCGCCUUGGAGCUGAAUGAGCUGACGGCAGAGCUGAAGCGGACACUGCCUUCCACCGACACACGGCUACGGCCUGACCAGAGGUAUCUGGAGGAGGGGAACAUACAGGCCGCUGAGGCCCAGAAGAGGAGGAUAGAGCAGCUGCAGCGGGACAGGAGGAGGGUGAUGGAGGAGAACAACAUAGUGCACCAGGCGCGCUUCUUCAGGCGGCAGACGGACGGCAGCGGCAAGGAGUGGUGGGUGACCAACCAUACAUACUGGAGGCUGCGCGCUGAGCCAGGCUAUGGGAACCUGGAUGGCGCUGUGCUCUGGUAGCCCUGGCCUCGGGGCAGGAGACUCUGGGUCCUUACUCCUGCCCCCACUCCUACCGUGGACAUCUGGGUGAGGUCAGGCUCCUGCUCACUGCCCUUGAGGGCAAAGGGGCCGCCCAGCCUCCCGCCCUCUCCCCUCUGCUGGCCAGAGGGGCUGUAUCUCAGCACACUCCCAUUCCACCAUUGGGGUGGAAGUGGGAAUCUGCUUCCCAGUCUUGUUACCCCAGCAGCUGGCAUGUCAGACCCCGCUCGCUCAGCCAUCCUCCUCAUCUGGGAGUGUUUCGGGGAGAUGCCAGGUUCCUCAGAUUUGCUCCCCGUUUUAGUGCCUUCCUAGGACACAGGGGGCCCCCUUGAUGCUACCCAGACUUUCUGUGCCCAGAGCGCUGGCCGUGCUGCAAGGUUGAGUGAAGGAGAGGAGAUGCCCUUCUUCCCCUCUGUCCUCUCUUCAGCAUCUUCCCUCUGCCCUGACCCGCCCCUUGUCCUGCAUCCCCUUCUCCAAAACUGCAAAGCACCUGCCGCUCCCAGCGCCUCCAGCCCAGGCCCACGACUGGUCCCUUCAGGCUCAGCUCAGCAGAUGCCCCAGAGUGGACGAGCCUCUCCAAGAGGUGUGGAGCAGGCUGAGGUGCCUGGCCUCAGACUCACCCAGGAAGGAGGGAGCCAGUGUGAGUUUGUGUAGGUGUGUGUGUGUGUGUGUGUGUGUGUGUGUGUGUGUGUGUGUCCUGCUCGCCGGCGAGCAGGAUUCCUAAUGUAGCCAGGACACCCCCGCUGCUGGUGUCUGCCACUGUUGCUGCUCAUUUUCUCAGUUUGCCUGAGUCAGGUGAAUUGCUAGAACAUUCCAAGCUCCAAUAAAGACUGUCCUACUCUU